AUGGCCAGUGAACUGCUGCCGCCGCCGCCGCCGCUGCCGAAGCUUCCGUCCACGACCACCAUGGCCACGAUUACCACUACCUUGUCCGCGGACGGAAGCGCCGCAACCACAAUCAUCACCACCACCUCCAACGCCAUCACCGCCUCCACCACCUCCACCGCUACCACCAUAUCCUCCCUCAGUGACGACGACCUUCGCGAGAUCUUCCUCCGCCUGCCGGACCUCCCGGCCCUCGUCCGCGCCGCGCUCACCUGCCGCUCGUGGCUCGGGGCCGUCCGCUCCAACCCUGCCUUCCGCCGCCUGUUCCGCGCUCUCCACCCGGCGCCCCCCAUCGGGUUCUUCCUCGAUCUAACCGGCCCGACCAACCCCUUGUUCGUCCCCCUGCGCCCCUCCGACUCCGAUGCCAUCGCCGCCCUUCGCCGGGGCGACUUCUUCCUCACUUCCCUCCCGCACUCGUUUUGCGGUUGGAGUGUCACCGACUGCCGCGACGGUUACAUCCUCCUAUGGAACGGGAUGAACAACUUGGGUGGCAAUGAUAUGUCCCUCGCUACUCUGAACCCCAUGACCUGGGCCGUGGACAUCCUCCCGUUGCCCGGCCCCGGCGGUAUCGAGGCUGGGAGCAGCAACAAUUUCGCUGUCCUUGGUUUCCACCUGCAGUGCUCCGAUGAGAAACCUGGGGUGUUCCGGGUGAUCUGCGUCUGCACGGAUCAGAAUAUGGUUCGUGCCGUCAUCUUCUCGUCGGAGACUCGCGAUUGGGUCAUCCAGCCGUGGGUGGACAUCGGUGAAAACAACAGCCUAAAGUUCAGGGCUGGUUCACUGGUGGAUGGUUCUGUUUACUGGCCUUGCCACGGCAAAGGACGCAUGGUUAGGAUCAACAUUGGCACCUUGGAUACCAGCGUUGUAGAUCUACCUGGGCAAGUGGAGGUGGAUGGGUACAAUUUCAAGGCUGGGGAGACGAAGGAUGGCAAGCUUUGCAUUGUCUAUCAAUCUGGAUUGUCCCUAGAUGUUUGGAUCCGUAGCAUGGACGGUGAGGGAGCUGAGAUAUGGGCGCCGCAAAGCACACAUAAUUUGAGUGCAGAAAUUGACCGGAUCACUCACGCUGGGCACCUGCAUGGCUAUAUCAAAAUGGUGCAAGUUAGGUAUGGAUACGUGUACCUGUCCAAGACGUGCAUGACCCUCGCUGGCAUGCAACACUCCUGGUUCUUCUCCCUUUCCUUGGAGACCUUGAAGCUUGAGCUACUGCAUGAGGGGAAAUACGAUGGCUAUGUUCAUCUCUAUGUUAUGGCCUUUCCUCCUUCUUUGGUUGCUGAUGAUGGGAGCACUGGACAUGAUGCUGAAGGUUCUCACUGAAUCAAGUCUGCAGUUUUUCAGUUGCGUACGAGGGAAUGAAUGGAAAGUUGUCGGUAUGUGUUAACCAUGGUCAAAUACUUUGUUGAUGCAAAAGAAUAUCAUUCCUUGUAUCUCAAGUAGUACUGCUUAUUCCCAUGUGAACCAUUUGUUGCUUUGAAACUGCUGGUACACUGCUGGAGCUAAUGAAUUUUAUGGCCUUGUGGGAGAAUGGAUUUCAA